CAAACGCGCCGAGAACGCCAACGGUCGGUCGUACGCCGCGAUCUCGCGAUUCUUGUUUCCUUUCAUUUCGGUGUUAAGUUUCGUCACUUAUUUCCCCUAAAAUGCCCGUCGAAACGGCAAGUUUGGCCAACGUUUACGCGUUCCUGCGGGACACGUACGAUUCGGUGGAUUUCCAGCUGGCUCCGGCUCCAACCUACGUGCAAUCGCUAGCGGACGUCGCCGACGGGGGCAAGAUUGUGUUCGUUUACAAACAGGAUGAAAUCCGGUGCGGGGCGAUGCUCUCCGAUGGAAAUCACUUGAGCCCGAAGCUGAGCGAUAGUUGUUCACCGUCGGCGAAUCGGUUAGAUUUGACCGGAUCGCCGCUGAAGGACGAGGUGAAGCUGGAGAGUUUGGACAUGUCGGUGGACCAGGCGGUGGUGCUGAGUCUGGAGAAUCCUUGGCUCGAGAAGGAGGAAUGUUUCGGGCCGGUGUCGGUCGAGAAGGGAAGGGCGAUUUUGCAGGAGGUGCUGGACAAACGGAUGGAUGGCUGUGUGGGUCAGUUGUGGGCACUCUGCGACGGGAAGGACAUGGACCGGACGCUGUUGAUGCAGAUUGAGUUGAACGGCGAGAAGCGAUUCGUUCGGGGCGCGGUGAAGCUUCUGGGGUAUUUCCCGGAGAGUCAACUGACGAUGGGGCGUCUGCUGAGGCUGCAUGAAGCGAAGGCGGCCGGAUUCGCAAAAGAUCUGGAGACGAGCAUCGAGCUGUGGUACAAAAUCCAGUCGCACAUUAGCAUCAAACUGCGGUGGAUUAGUCACUCGCAUAAUCCAUCGUUCUGCAUCAAUCAGAAGGCGGACAUUGUGCUGCGGCAGUCGAUCGUGGUGGACGAAACCCAAUCGGUGGCGGAGUACUUUUGGAGUCAGUUGCACUUCCUGGAAACGAUUAAGGAUCGGAUUGUGCAGAUUCGGAGCGAGGGCAGGCCCAGUCCGAACGAUGAGAGUUAUGUUGGUUCGUUGGACGUGAGCGUGAUCAAGGAGAAGACGCACCGGAUUCUAACCGAGUUUUGUGUGGUGGAGUCGACGGAUUACAAACUGGGACAGAUUGAUUCCAUUGUGGAACGAGUUAAGAACCGGACAGCGGUGGACGUAACGGAUCGGUUGUGGAGUGUGCUCAAAUAUUGUGCUUGUUACGACGAUCUGAAGGAGGUUUUAACGUUUAUCUUCAAGAUUGCUUCCAGAAGUAAUCUGGCGAAUAUCCCGAGCAACAACAACCGUCUCGCCCAGCUUAUCAAAUCCAUCGCUCAGGGUCGACUGGCAAUCCCAAUCCUGACCGGUGCGGAACCGUUCGAACUCCUGCUGGAAAUCGGUCUGGAAAAGAUCUUCAAAGACUAUCAAAUCAUCUUCCAUGAGAGUAAAAUCUGCAAUCUGGAUCUGGACCGAGUUGGACGAAACCAGACAGCAGGAUCCGGGGAUGCUUCCCGCGCGUCCAGCAUUCGCAAAUCGAUGUACGAUGCCGUUCCGGCCAACGCCGCUCAAGGUCGGAAAACGGCCAUGCUGUCCCGAGCGGGAACCAGCGAGGAACACGACGACGACGGUGCCAUACGGAACAGUUACUUCAACGCCGAUGAGGCCAACCAGAAAAUCGGCAAGCUGGCCCAGGUUCAUCUGCUGUUGGAGCACCUGCUGUCGAUCGAGAGCCAUCUGAAGCUGACCAGCAUCUAUCCGCAGGUGGCCGAGGAGUAUUUCGCCCGACCCACGGUAAGUUUUGAAGAAAUGCGAUCGAAAAAAUCGGACAAGCUGGAAAUUCCGAUUCUGAACAAUGCGAUCAUCGAGCUGGUGGAAAAUGCCAGCCCGUACAUUCGGAAGGUGGGGAUGACCAGCCGGAGCAAGUUCCGAACGGUGGAGAGCAUUUUCUACCAGAGUUCGGAUCCGAUUUUGCCGACCAAUUUGUUCUCGCAGCUGCGGGCCGAGGGAGGUGAGGUCAAGAAUGCCUAUUGGUGUCUGGAAUAUACCAAGAUUAGUAAUAAUUGGAGUGUGUGAAUAGUGUUUCGUAAGUUUAUGGUAGAUAUAAGAGAUUUUAUAUUUAAUUUGA